GUCCCAAACAGGCUGGAAGUGUAGAUUCUCAACAAGAUUUGGAAGCCUUUAUAUCAACUGAGAAACAUUUAUUCCCAGCUGAAGAAAGUAACAGAAAAUUAACUGGAAAAAAUUACAGAUUAAGAAGAGAGAAAAUUAGAGCAGACAUACAGAAGUUUUGUCACCAUCAGCAUCAAUAUGGAGAAAUCUGUUAAGUUAGACCUUAUAGCAGCUGCUGAUAGAAAUAUGGGUAUUGGACAAAAGAAUAUGCUUCCAUGGAAGCUCACUUCUGAGUUCAAGUAUUUUCUCAAAAUUACAAAACCACCACAAGGACAAAGGAAUGUCAUAAUAGUUGGGCACAGAACAUGGGAAACAAUGGGAGAAGUGGCUACACGUCCCUUUCCUGGUGCAAUGAACAUAGUUAUUAGCAGGUCCAUGACUACUGUUCCUUCUGAUAUAUCUGACACAGUAGUGUGCAGUUCAUUGGACAAUGCAAUUAAUUUCAUCAAGAACCUCCAGCCUCAACCAUACAGAGUGUGGGUAUUGGGUGGAGCUCAGAUAUACAAACUUUGCUUGCUGUCACCUUAUUUUCAUCGUCUGUAUCUCACACGAAUCAAUCGAGUACAUCAUUGUGAUGCAUUUUUCCCUGAAGAAUUCAAAGUGGAAGAAUAUGUGAGGGUUCAGGAUCCAGAUGUCCCACAAGGUAUGCAGACUGAUGAGUUUGAUGGAACACAGUUUGAAAUUUAUGUUUAUGAAAGACGUAUACAAGAACAUCUAGCAAAAAAGAAAUUGUGACAGAAAUAACAACGUGAAAAGUAAAAUCACAGCCUCUAUCAACCAAAAACCACAAAUAAAUUUACUUUCUCACAUUA